AGCAGCAGCAGCAGCCUGGCAUGGCAGGCAAACAGUAUAUUGAUGGGUCUACAGAACCUACUGACAAAGAGAACCAGGAGUGGGGCUAUGAGGAAGGUGUCGAGUGGGGUCUGCUUUAUCCAGAAGCAAAUGGAGAUUAUCAGUCUCCAAUCAACAUUAAUUCAAGAGAAGCUGUAUAUGACCCCUCACUGCUAGAAGUACGGCUGUCACCAAAUUAUGUUGUGUGCCGGGACUGUGAAGUUAUUAACGAUGGCCAUGUUGUUCAAAUUAUGAUGAAGUCAAAAUCAGUCUUAACAGGUGGUCCGCUACCUCGAGGUCAUGAAUAUGAACUUAAUGAAGUAAGAUUUCACUGGGGCAAAGAAAAUCAGCGGGGCUCUGAACACACAGUGAACUUUAAAGCAUUUCCAAUGGAGCUGCACCUGAUUCACUGGAACUCAACUUUAUACAGAAAUAUUGAUGAAGCCAUAGGCCAAGUACAUGGGAUUGUGAUUAUCUCCUUGUUUGUACAGAUAGGAAAAGAACAUGUGGGCCUCAAUUCUGUAACAGACAUUCUUCAAGAUAUUCAGUAUAAAGGAAAGACAAAAACAAUUCCUUGCUUUAAUCCUAAUACUUUAUUACCAGAUCCUCUACUCCGCGACUACUGGGUAUAUGAGGGCUCUCUUACAAUGCCACCAUGCAGUGAAGGUGUCACUUGGAUACUAUUCCGAUACCCUCUGACAGUGUCUCAGGCACAGAUUGAAGAAUUUAGACGUCUGAGAAUGCAUGUCAAGGGAGCAGAUUUGGAAGAUGGCUUUGACGGAAUACUUGCAGAUAACUUUAGACCAACGCAGCCUCUCAGUGACAGAAUAAUACGAGCAGCAUUCCAAUAAGAGAACACUAACUUACAUUAAAGCAAAGAAGACAAUGGGCCUACAGUGCACUCAGAUGAGGAAUGGAAACUUUUGGGAUUUCUACUUUAGCUAAAGCACAGAGGCAGUAUUGUCCUUGAUUGACAGCCGCGAAGCUGCUCUGUCCAUCGAUUGCAGCAUGAAUCCUGGAAGUAGAAAGGAAGGAAAGCACAUUAAAAUUUCCAAGUCCAAUUAACAUUUAUUUGAUUCUAUUGCCCAGGUCAAGUCGCAUAAUGUAUUUGUUCAUGUAAGAUAAAAUUUACAAAAAAAGACAUGAGACAGAACAAGGAAAGCUAA